AAAUUAUUUAUUUUAUAAAAUAAUUAAGUUAGCACUCAAAUUUCAAAAACACACCUAGGCGUGGCCACGCUUCGCUACCCUACCAUCGUGGAGGGAUAACCAAAUCAAAAAAAUUAUUAUUCCUUCGCUUCUCCUCUUCUCUUAUCAUGGCUCAACAAACCCAACCUUGUUCCUCUUGGGGCACCUGGGAGGAGCUCUUGCUCGCCAGCGCCGUCAAGCGCCAUGGCGUCCACAACUGGGAUUCCGUCUCCAUGGAACUCCGCACCAAGACCUCUCUCCCUCGUCCGCUCACCACCGCCCAAAUCUGCCAGCAAAAGUACCGCGACCUCCAACGCCGCUUCACCGCCAAUCAUCCCCAAGACCAAACCCCCUCCGAAAUCCCCUGGCUCGAGGACCUCAGAAAACUCCGCGUUGCCGAGCUCAAACGUGACCUCCACCGCUACGACGUCUCUAUAGUAGCCUUGCAGCAUAAGGUGAAGAAGUUGGAAGAAGAGCGAGAGCGGACCUUAUCAACAAGUCAGGACGCCGAGGAUAAACCAGAUCUGGGCCGUGGCUCAGAGACCGACAAAACUCCUCCGGCGGAAAUUCCUCAACCGGGGAAGGUUCCUGGAAAUUCGGUUUCAGGGGAGGAGGAAAACCGGUCCGUGAACGGAUCAAACUCUACCGGUUCGGAACGUAGGGAGAAGGAGAAGACCGAUCCGGAUCCGGUGAGGGCAGGGCAGGGCGAGGUGGUGGCGGAUUCGACGGGGUCGGAGGAGUUGGGUGAGCUGAGCAGCGAUGUGCAGAGCUCGGCGAGUUUGGGGAAGAAGAGGAAGAGGAGGCGGGUAGAAUUGUGCGGUGGCGAUGGGAUUAAAGAUAAAUCAGAGGCGUCGGUUGGGCUGUUGGAGAAGAUCCGGGCCCACGGCGAAAGCGGCUUGUUUGAGCGGCGGCUCCAGAGCCAGGAAUCUGAAGACUAUAAAGACCUGGUCCGGCAGCAUGUAGACCUGGAAACAAUACAAGCUAGGCUGAUCCAAGGGUCGUAUGCCUCCUCCUCCUCCCUCGCUUUCUAUAGAGAUCUCCUCCUCCUCUUUACUAACUCCAUUGUUUUCUUCCCCAAGCUUUCCCAUGAAUCCCUCACCGCCCAUCACCUCAGAAACCUUGUACUGGAUCACGUCAAUAAGCUAACAAAUAAAUCCGAUUCCUCACAUGACCAACCUCCAUCCCCAGCACCACCGAAGCCCGACCUUGAAAAUUCCGACUCUUUGCUUGCCAGGCACAAGUCUUCCGCUCCUAUUAUAGUGUGCCGCAAGAGGAGUUCAGUCUCUACCAAACCAUCUUCCUCUGCCUUUACUCUGAAAGCAUCAGAUCAACCUCAACCCGAUGACAACAAGAAACCACCACCUGUUGAAAGCAGUUUGCUCAAACCGCAAGAGAAGCCAAUAACUACUGGUACAAGGAGCUCAAGAAGAAUCAGCAACAACAACAACAACAACAACAACAUUAAGAAGCCUUCCAACACUGAUAAUACUACCCCAAACGGGAAACAAAAUGCCUCUUCACCCCCAGCCAAAAUUGAGAUGCAAGACGACAGUACUCCUAGCAGAGCCGAGAAGAAGAAAAUGGAAGUUUCAGCAUCCGAUAAAGAGAAAUGUCUGGCGGAUUACUUAAAAAAAAUGAAGAAAAACUCUCCUGCUGCUGAAGUGAAGAAGAAUAGCAAAGGAGGUGAGCAGAAGAAGAAGAAAAAGAAGAAGAAUAAUAAUAAUAAUAAUAGUAGUAGUAGUAACGGAAAGAAAGAAAAAGGGAAAGAGAAGGUGAUGACGAGGAGGAGUGUUGAAAGAAAGCAAGGGAAGGAGGAGACAAGUCCAUCGAAGAGGAGCGUUGGAAGGCCUCCCAAAAGGGAGGCGGAGGCCAGCGGGGGUUCGGGGAAGCGCGGUAGAAAGGAGGCGAAGCAGCCAAGGAAACGAGCUAGAAGGUAAAGGAACAUGCUGUAUGACAUUAUUGUUACGAUGGAGAUGGAUUCUUUUCUUUAGGUUGUAAAUUUAUGUAACAUAUUGCAGUAGUUAGUCUCAGUGCUAGUGGGCAAAGCAUUUUAUAUUUAGUAGCGUCAUUACAUACAUGUUUUUUUCCCACUUGACUAAUCGUCAUCACAUUAAUCAUUUUCUUCUUAUUCUUGAAAGAAAUGAAUGUGACUCGCCAGAAGGAGGGCUUCAAGUUGUUGAACCUCUUCAAGUCCAAACUACCCUACCGCUUGACUUUAUAAAUGUUUUUAAUUUUC